GCAGUCCGGUGCAUGCCAAUCAUUAGUGCUGUCGCAUUGCUGAACCACACACGCCCCGACCGGGGGCAAAACCAAAAGUGCAUUCUCUAAGCGCUUGUUUCGUUUGGCCUUGCCUGUUCUGUGCCGUAUUUCUCACUGCCGUGUUGUUGCUGCAUAAUUUAAAUCAAGCAUGGCUCACCAAGGUGAUCAAAAACGUGACAAAGACAAUAGUUUGAAUGUGAAUAGUGAGAAAAAUAAUACCAACAGUGGGAUGCAUGAAGAUGAUCCCGACGAGGCACGUUCGACCAGAUACAACGAUGGUUCGGUUAAGCUACGGAAUCCCAACAUCGAACUCAUGGAUCAAGACAUCCUCUACCAUCUGGCGUUAGGUAGUGGCAGCCACGAUCUGCACGAAAUGUUUGGGGAUGUAAAGUUUGUCUGCAUGGGUGGUACACCGAAGCGUAUGGAAACGUUUGCUCACUUUAUUAUGGAAGAAAUUGGCUACAAACUUCCCGCCGGUACUCAGCUGCAAGAUAUCAGUGCAUUUUCCUAUCGCUACUCGAUGUACAAGGUUGGGCCUGUACUCUCUAUUAGUCAUGGUAUGGGGGUACCAUCCGUCGGUAUUCUUCUCCAUGAGCUUAUUAAGCUGAUGUACCACGCGAAGGUAAAGGAUCCGAUCUUUGUGCGCAUUGGUACAUGCGGUGGUAUCGGUGUUGAAGGUGGCACUGUGGUCAUUACGGAAGAUGCGUACGAUGGUUUACUUAGGAAUAGCUACGAAUUGGCUAUUCUUGGCAAAAUAGUACAUCGUCCGGCAAUUUUGGACAAACGACUAGUGCGGGAACUGAAAUCAUUAGCUACGCACGAUGAUCCAUAUGAGACGAUUACGGGCAAAACGAUGUGCACCUACGAUUUCUACGAAGGCCAAGGCAGACUAGAUGGUGCAUUCUGCGAGUUUACGGAAACGGACAAAAUGGCCUAUCUGGAGAAGCUGCGCGACUUCGGUGUGGUAAACAUCGAGAUGGAGUGUACCAUAUUUGCUGCGCUCACGCAUUACGCCGGCAUCAAGGCGGCGAUCAUAUGCGUUACGCUGCUCGACAGACUGAAGGGUGACCAGGUGAUGGCCCCGAAGGAGGUGAUGAACGAAUGGCAACAACGACCACAGAUAUUAGUGUCCCGGUUAAUUAAGAAACAUCUGGCCCAGAUGGGCCACCUAAAGUCGCUGGCCUCGACACCGUCGUCGAUCAAGUCGCCGCGCCGGUUUAAGCUGGUGCAGCAGGAAUCGGAAGCGCACGAGUAAGAGCACGUAAUAAGCUGCCCGAUAAUGUUUCAUUCUGCCACAUUUGUGUUUUUUUUAACAUUUUACAUCUAGAUAUUUCAAUAAUCAUGCAUCUAAUUAGUGCAUAUCCGUAACAUUAAAGCGUUAAAAGACAAAUAAAUUUAGCAACUUAAACAAAGUCCUAACAAAGCAAAGAAAGUGGAGGAAGAAGAAGAAGACGUAAGCAAAUACAGACACAUUCAGAAAGCAUUAUAAAUAUGGUGACAGUGCCUGCGUAUAAUUAGGUACCAAUAGUACGGUCGCUACUACAGCUAAAGCAAAUAAUUUACCAGUGCUGCUAAUAUUAGCGUUCCUUUGUCGAUUCAAGCGAAUGCUUACAUUAUAGAUUGAGCAAGAUAUAGAUGUAUGGCUUGUGUAUAGAAUUGCGUUUAAACACACCCGGUACACUUAAAUAGUAAUACAGUUCUAAUACAGCUAUUGGAUAACGUUAAGAGGGUACUAAUGCAAAACUGCUGCCGUGUAAUGCCGUGUAAUAUGGAACUCGUUAUUGCAUCUAAUGCAUUGAACCGUUUGAUAUUUCCAGUAUAGUUAAACCAUAAUACUAAACCUUCUUACCGUAAACGUUGUGAAGCUUUAUGUUUCAGUGCUCGUCUCAUCAUCAUAGUAUGUUGUUGUUUUUUUUGCGAACUCCGCGUACCUCAUCCUGAAACCAAAACAAAUAGUACCAUUAGUUUGAAGCUUUGUAAAAAUAACUUCUGUGUAAAGGUGAUAAUUAUCUCCCUCCUGCAAACCAUGAUCGUCUUUCCCCUUGCGUUUGGCGAUAGUAAGCUAAAAUUACUAUCAUUAAAGCUUAAUUUUGAUAAUUGCUUUGUUUUUUGUUUUUUAAUUGUUUAAUAUUGUGUGUUCCCCAAACCCCCAAAAACAAGUGAAGCAUUAAAAAUAAACACGUUGAACAUCAUGACGCAAAUUAAGCAAUCUUCAUGAAACGAUUCUUGUAACAGAAAUCCUCAAUGUAACGUUUUGCAUAUCGGUUGUAAUAUAAAUCGACAGUGCGACAAAACCAAAAAAAAACACAAAACGCUGCAUUGUAGAUGUAACAUCGAAUAUGCUACUCUACCAGUACGGAUGUACAAAUUCCAUCAUAAUAUAAGCACAGACGCACCUCAUAUCUUGAUGUGUGAAGGCAAUAUAGAAUAGUGUCUUGAAGUUAGAUAUUCACAAACAACGGAACGAAUAUCAUUCAAUAAUUACUUGUCCAUCUACUUACGCAUGUUACAAGCAGAAUGUUAAACUGUGCGAAAGAAACGAAACUGUUUUUGUUAUGUUUCAUACCGCAAUUAGACGUAAUUGACAGCGAAUAUAUAGAACAAUAAAAAAAAAACACUCCCGAAUUACAAUGCAUUGAACCAAACAAGGCUGAUAGUGGCAA